AUGCCCGAGCUGCACAAGGAGCUCACCGCGGACAUGGACAAACUUACCCAGUUACAUGACGCGAUCGAAUCACUUCUUGUUAUCAUGAGCAACAGUGUUGUGUACCUUGUUACACGCAACUCUUUUCGACAAGUUAAUCCCGAUAUCCCUAUUACCAAAACGCGUCCUCCAGACAAAGAAGAUUCCCCCGACGUAUUCGAAGCAAACAAACGCGAACUCGUUAACGACUUGAUAACCAAGGCGAAGCAGAUCGAGUACCUUAUCAAAUCUUUGCCGCCGCCCGAACCCGAAUCAGAACAGGCAUGCUGCAAGGUUGGUCUCACUCGAAGCGGAGAUGAAACUAGCAAACGAGGAGUAUCGGCAGGCGCUGGCUCGUGCGCGUAA